AGUAGUCGCUCCCUCUGACCAUUGGCUUUGAUCACAUCAGAUAAAAGGUCCAAGCGGACACAUUCCUUAGCAUUUUACAACUGAAGCUACAUUUUAAAUGAUGGAUUGUUCAGAGGAAGUUCAGUCUGUGUCUGAGGAGCCCACAGCUCAAAUGGAGCUGAAAAAAGGAAUGUCGGUUUUCAUAGAUAUUUUACGGAGAGCUGACAAAAACGAUGAUGGAAAGCUGUCCUUUGAUGAAUUCAAGGCCUACUUCUCGGAUGGAGUUUUGACAGCGGAGGAAUUACAGGAGCUCUUCCACACAAUUGACACUCAUAACACAGACAAUGUGGACACUGACGAACUCUGUGACUAUUUCUCCCAGCACCUCGGGGAAUAUGACAAUGUUCUCGGCGCCUUAGAAGACCUGAACAUGUCCAUACUGAAGGCGAUGGACAAAACAAAGAAGGAUUAUCAGGAGUCCACCCACUUGGAGCAGUUUGUGACCCGCUUCUUGCUGAAGGAGACAACCAAUCAGCUUCAUUCACUUCAAAGCUCUCUCGAGUGCGCCAUGGAAACCACAGCCGAGCAGACUCGCCAAGAGAAACAGGGCCCUCUGAAGCCAGAGGGUUUGUCCAUCCAGUGGUCGGGUCGUCGCUCCAAUCGCAGGCUCCAGAGGAACAGCAGCCUCUCUCCCAACAACCCUCUGCUCAGUCUCGCCAGCUCCGCUGUUUAUGAAGAGGACAGCCACUGGAUGAUCCAGGUCAACAGACUGCAGAGGCUCAUCGACCGUCUGGAAAAAAAAGAGAUCCGUCUGGAGCCCGUUGAAGAGGAGGUUUUGGAAAGCAAACCGCACAUCCUGAUAGUGCAGAGGCAGCUGUCGGUGCUGGAGGAGGAGCUGGAGGAGUUUCGUUUGGCUCUCAGACAGUACAUGGAGUGUGCCUGCGCCCAGACGGGAUGCCUACACAUUGCAGUUCAGCGGCUGGUAAAUGAAUCACGCUUCAUUCUCUAUGAAUUCUGGGAGCACAACAAUGUGUGGAAGAAUCACCUGCAGACCAACUACAGUAAGACCUUCCAGAGGGGGAACGUGGACUUCCUGGAAACUCCAGAGAGCGUAACCACCAUGAUGGUUCCUGCCUCGUGGUGGGUCCUCAACAACAACUGAAAGCGGAUGAGAAGCCUUCACAGAUUGAUGGGUACCAGAAGCUACCUGGGAACAUAUCAGGACGUCCACACAACCGUACACGCACGCACACUAACUCAACACAACUCGUAAAGUUGUGGUGAUUAGUACUUUAGACCUACAUGUCCCUUCAUAGUAAUAGGUGGUAGUCUGAAAUAGCCCACGCGUGUGUGUUUGUUUACACUCCUUAAUGACGCUCUGACGUCCUGAAACCAAGCACAUCACCAGACGGAGACCCAUGUGUUCUUCUGACAUCAUCACUGUGUUUGAAGUGACAACAUCUGCAGCCCUGGGUGGAUCGUGACAGCUGGGUGUGUGUGUGUGUGUGUGUGUGUGUGUGUGUGUGUGUGUGUGUGUGUGUGUGUGUGUGUG